UGGAUUUUGGUAGCCCGACUGGAAAAAUCGCUAGCCCCGGGACGUCGGGCUAGCGAUUUUGCGAGCCCUGGGCUCUUAUAUAGCACUUUUCUACUACUUAUGAUUUUUUUUUUUUUAUAUACACAUUGCGAUGUGCUCAUUAAAGAGUUGGCACUAAAGAGAGUUUUGAGGGUCGUAAGCUUCAUUCAGCGCUAUGACUGAUUUGAAUUAAUGUGACUGACGUAACUGUGCAAACAUGCUUACAUAUAACUAGUUAACAGUCAGAAUGAUAUUUUCUGGGCCAAGGGAGUCUGAACAGAAUGUCCUGAACUUAGAUAAUAAAUAGAAUCAGUAGGAUAAUAUUAAUCAAGGCAGGGAGGGUGUUUUCUCUUGUCUCUUCUCUUCCAGGGAAAGGACACGAGACAAAGUCGGAUGUGAACUGAGAGAAGACUCAUAGGGAGCCAGCAGGACUGCCACGUCACUUCCGAGAGAAGAGAGUCAUAAUAAUACUUGUUGGGGUAUAAAACUGUACAGCCCAAUCCAGGGUCAUCCUUUUAGUGAAAACAGCUGUCCUCAUCCCCUGAAUCAAGAUAAGAGUUCUGACACUGGACCCAUAGAUUUGGCAGUCUGGAUCAGCAGAGAGAGUGAGUAGGUGGCCCACACAGAGCUGCUCCUCUCACCAUACACCGUUGCUGCUUCUGUCUUCCUUGCACUUGGUCACUCAGUGUCAGCUCCUGUACAGGUUUUGCCUUGCAAGUGAUGAAUUGAGCACAAAGCAGUGUUUACUUCAUAUCAAUUAUUACUAGGUGUGACACAUGGACAAAACAUCUCCUGCACUGAGCAGUUACAUCUUUGUUUUUUUCUGGGAGCAGAAGCAGGCCUAGACGACAGCCAGCAAGCAGAAACUGUAUGUUUUUGUUUCAUAUAUGACUAUUGAACAUUUGGUUUUGUGUGUCCAUAACUAAAAGGUCCAGCUUUUAUGUAUAGAGAACUAAUUAUUUUUCACUCACUGUGUUUUUUAUACACAACUCUGCAUUUAAUCAUUAGUUAUUUUUAAUCUUUGGCUCUCUUCUACAGUGUGUUGUUUGUCUUGCCUUCCUGGCUGCCCGUCCAUGAGCCUGGUUCUGCCGGAGCUUUCUUCUCGUUAAAAGCAAGUUUUUACUUCCCGUUUGCUCAAAGAGAUUGUUUCGUUGUUGUUGUUAUUGUAGGGUAUUUACCUUACACUCCAAAGCCUUAAAGUGACUCUUGUGAUUUCACACCAUAUAAAUAAAUGUAAAUUGAAUUAACAGUGUUGUCCAGAAAAGUGACUGAUUUGCAAAGAAUUUGCUUGAUUCAAUACUAUAUUCAAAUUUAUCAUAUUAAAGUCGCUUAUAGUAAAAAUUCUGCCUUUUUAGAUAAAAUAUUAUUUAGUCAUAAUUUAGCAUUUUCCAGUUUUUCAGUGUUUGUUCGUUUGGAUUUGUUGUGUCUGUUAGUUGUUCAAUUUUUCACUCAAUAUUGCGUUCCAAUUUCUUUUCCUAGUGUUUUUUUUUUUUUUUUUUUUUUAUGAGAAGUUAAUGGGGUUUUUUUCUACCCUAAUUAGUGCUCUUUCUCAAAGUAAAGAUCAUUUGUUUGAAUAAAGUUAGCCAAGUCUUUAUAAAUAUGUCAUAUCUGGGGGUUAUUAAACUGCCAUAUGGAUGAUGAUUUAAAAUGGGUUCUGAAUAUGGAAACAUAAUGAUAGAAUAUUUUCUGUAAGUUGGUUUUUUUUUUUUCAAUAAUAGAAUUCCUUGUAGGAAAACAAUCCAGUUGUGAAAAUCAUUGAUGUAUGGCAGAGAAAAAAAAAUACAAUCCAUCUUUUUUACAUUUUUGAGUCCCAGUUGCCAAGACAAAAAUCCUUCACAUAUACUUAUCCUUUCUUUUGACGUAUUCUACAUGCCUUAGAGUUGCUGAUCUACUUUAGGUAUUUACUAAAUGUUUAAUACAGUGUUAAAAUCUCCUUCAAAAAGGAUUUUUGAAUUUGCAAUAAAAAGAUAUUUCAGAGAAAGCUCUAAGAACAAAAGCCAGGUCAUCAUUGUAGAUAUCCAUACAGAUAUAUAUAUCAUUUCUAAACAUACUAGUUUUCUUUAGAAAGCAUGAGAUAUUUCUAUUUGCACACAAUAACAGAAUAAUUUCAGGACAAAAAAAAAAUGAUCAGGCUCAAUAUUAUUGGCCCCCUGAAAAAUUAAUCUUUUUAUUGAGGCAUAGCACAAACCACUGCAGUGCAAUGACCAGCUUUAACAUUGUAAUGGUCAAAGCUUGAAAAUCAAGUUGAAAGUGAGGGUUAUCUUCCAAUUUAAACACAGCAUAAAAACUUCAGCAUGGGUUUGAGCUGUCACUAAGAAAGUAUCAUGCCCAAAACAAAUUAAACAAAAAACAAGUCCAAACUCAGUUUAGACUUGAGAAAAAGAGUUUUUGAUGCUCACAGAGCAGAAGGAUUUGCAAAGUUAUCACAUUUCCAAGUGUGCAGAACUAAAGGGAGCACUAUCAUCAAGAAAUUUAAAGAGAGCUACACAACAGAACACACCUGGCAGAGGUAGGAAGUGAAAAAUGAUGCAAAAUUGAUUUUUCAGUGAUGAGUUCAUGUCUGUUGUACUCAAAACUGGAACAUAACCUGCUCCGUAGCAGGUUAUGUUUGAAGCUUACCAAUCUACACUUGUAACACACCUGGAUAAGAUAAAAUCCCGCUUUGUAUGACAGGGCUCUGCCCACUGACACCUAGCCAAUCUAACCAAAGGCAGAGACUUUUACCAGUUCAGGGUAUUUUCAGAACAGAUCGUGAGUCGUAUAAAAAUGAAAAUAGAACCAAAACACGUUAAAGAAUAAUAAUUCAAAAUUCUUUAAUAGUUGCGCUGUGGACGGUAAGGUACCUGUUGGGUACUGUAUCAUUAUCUAUAUCAUCACUAUCAAGGAUGAUUUAAAUAAAUGUUUAAAUGAAACGCGUAGAUAAUGAAUAUAACUAAAUCAAUGGAAAUGGAGAAAUCAAUAAAAUACACAUAUACACAUACAUAUAUUCGCACAUAACGCUUAGUGUUGCUAUUAUGGAGUAGAAAGCAUAUGAGAGCAACAAUGCAAGAGGCGAAAGGGGCAGCGCUUCUAGAGCUUUUUGUCAGCAAUAUUUCAGUUUUCCUCAAAAAGGAUUUGUAUAAUAUUAAGUAGCUUUAUGAAGUGGGCUAUAAUAAAAUAACCGUUUGAUAUUAAGUAACAAAAUAAAACAAAACAAAUAAAAACAAAGAAACGGGCGGGGGCGGGUAGGUGGACAGAAUAGGGCGGAGGAGCGUCUGAAGACGGAGGCGGAGUCUUUUUUCUUUUUUUUUGACGCCGACUAACUUUUGCUCUGAGAGGAGCGUUGAAAGUGCUAAAGGAGAAGGUGGAAGGUAAAGGUGCGCUGAGCUGGGACGUGGUCCUCUCUCUUCAUCCCUCUCCCUCAACCUGCUGUCAUGUCUCGAUACCUGAAGCAUUUCACUGCUGUGGGGGACCAGCAUGUGGUCCAUAGUGACGAGGAAGAACUGCAUGUUUCCAGUGAGGAGUUGAGUCCGGCUACGGGACAGCUUCCAGCGACGUUAACAUUUAGGGAUUCAUUCAAGAGGCUAUACAGCUCAGAACGUUUCCAGGUGUUGGUUGUGUGUUUGGUAAUCCUGGAUGCCAUCUUUGUCUUGGCUGAGUUGCUUAUAGAUCUGGCUGUCAUCAAGCUAGAGCAUGGCCACAUUGCUCCAGAGGUGUUUCACUACCUGAGCUUGGCUAUUCUCACCUUCUUCAUGUUGGAGCUGGCUGGGAAGCUGUUUGCAUACCACUUGGAAUUCUUCCUGCAUAAAUUUGAGGUGUUUGAUGGUUUUGUGGUGAUAGUGUCCUUCAUCUUGGACAUUGUCUUCAUCUUCCAUGAGGACGCCUUUGAUGGGAUAGGUCUUCUGAUCCUGCUCCGACUCUGGAGGGUAGCCAGGAUUAUCAAUGGAAUCCUAGUGUCAGUGAAGACCCGUGCAGACCAGAAGAUUCACAAGCUGAAGGAAAGCUAUGACCACCUGGUUCAAAGAGUCACUGAGCUACAGGAGCGCAAUGAUAAACUGGCACAAGAGAACGACAACCUGAAAGCCCUCCUCAAGAAGCAUGGCAUAGACAUCUAGGUCAACAAGCUCACUGCUGCAGAGCUACUUGUACCCACAUUCUACAGAACAUUUAAUGGUUUAGUACUAACUGCACUGAGAUUUAAUGUCAUCAUUCCUGUCUUUGUGGUGAUGGAGACAAAUUAAGGGACUGCACUUGCAUCAUGAAUUUCCAGUAUAUACAUGUUAGUGAUUUUCAUGCCAUAAAGUCUAAAGCACCUGUAAAUAAGUGAAACACAGAAUGAUGACUUGUACAUAAAACUACAUCUAAAUGUGAUUUUAGAGUUCUGUAUGAUCUGUUAUCAAAAAUGUAAACAAUUAUUUCAAGAACUGAGAAAAAAAUGUGAAACCAUGUAUUAAAUUUUAUUAUAAAACA